AUGCCUGCUGAACAAUUUGACGAAAAGACUCAAAUUGAACAAACUUCAAACAUUGAAGCUAAUGAUUCUUUAACAAAAGAAUCAACAGCUGCUAACCCUUCAGGAGGGAUUUUCAAGACAAACACUUCAAGUUCAGGAACUUCUUCCAAAGAAAAAGCUGCCCUAACUGAUGGUGCCUCUCCAACUGAAGAUCAAAAUAUCUUGACCCAAUAUGAUUUGGAACAAGUUAUGAAUAUGGGGAGAAAUUUCGCCCUAAAGCAUGAUUUACCAGAUCCUGAAUUAUUUGCAAGAGGUGCUGCAUUAGCUAGAAACCCAAAGGAUUAUAAUCGUUUAUCUUUCUUGUCUGAUGAAGAAAAAGAGGCUGCUUAUAAUGAAAUUCAUCAUCCUUGGAGAAUUCCAUGGAAAUUGAUUCAAAUCAUUUUUUCAAUUUCUCUUUGUGCUGCUACUCAAGGUGCUGAUGAAACUGUUAUUAAUGGUGCUUUAUUAUUUUAUCCAAAAUAUAUGGGGAUUGCUAAUAAUGAUGAACGUUCAAGAUGGUUGGAAGGUUUAGUCAAUGCUGCUCCUUAUUUAUGUUGUGCUGUGAUUGCUUCUUUUAUUACCGAUCCUGCAAAUAAGAGAUGGGGUCGUAAAAAAGUUAUCUUUUGGUCAAGUUUUGCAUCUUCUGUCACUUGUUUUUGGCAAGGUUUUACCAAUAAUUGGUAUCAUUUAUUUAUUGCUCGUUGUUGUUUAGGUGCUUUUGGUAUUGGUCCAAAAUCUGCUACUGUGCCUGUUUAUUCUUCUGAAGCUGCUCCUGCUCCAAUUCGUGGUGCCCUAACUAUGUUGUGGCAAUUUUUCACAGCUGCAGGUAUUGCAUUAGGUUAUGUGUUUUCAUUGGCAUUUUUCCAUGUUCCAGAUCAUGGUAUUGGUGGUGGGUUAAAUUGGAGAUUAAUGUUGGGGUCUGCAAUGUUGCCUGCAACUUUGGCUUUGUUUCAAAUUCCUUUUAUUCCUGAAUCCCCAAGAUGGUUGAUGGGUAAAGGUCGUUUUGCUGAAGCUUACAAAUCACUAAGAUCUAUUCGUAAUCAUGAUAUCAGUGCUGCAAGAGAUUUAUUUUAUCAAUAUGUUUUAUUACAAGAGGAGGAAUCAUUUGAUGCUCCAACUACUCAAAGAUUAAAAGAAUUGUUUACAAUUAGAAGAAAUAGAAAUGCAACAAUUGCUUCAUUUAUUGUUACAUUUAUGCAACAAUUUUGUGGUAUUAAUGUUAUUGCUUAUUAUUCAUCCACUAUUUUCGUUGAAGCUAAUUUUGCUGAAUUAAAUGCCCUUGGUGCUUCAUUAGGGUUUGGUGUUAUUAAUACCGUUUUUGCAUUACCAGCUUUUUUCACAAUUGAUCAUUAUGGUAGAAGAUUUUUAUUAUUGAUGACUUUUCCAUUAAUGAGUGCAUUUUUAUUCCUUACAGGGUUUUCAUUCUGGAUUGAUAAAGAUACUCAUCCAGAUGGUAGAAUUGGUUCAAUUUGUUUGGGUAUUUAUUUAUUUACAAUUUUCUAUUCAUUUGGUUCAGGUGUUGUUACAUUCCCAUAUACUGCUGAAUGUUUCCCAUUAUAUAUUAGAACUUUGGGUACUUCAAUAAUGAUUGGUAAUUUAUGGUUUUGGAAUUUUAUUUUGGCAAUUACAUGGCCUUCAUUAUUGGAGGCUUUUAAACCUCAAGGUGCUUUCAGUUGGUAUGCAGGUUGGAAUAUUGUUGGAUUUUUCUUAGUUUUAUGGUUUUUACCAGAAACAAAAUCUUUAACUUUGGAAGAAUUGGAUGAAGUGUUUGAUGUUCCUGCAAUGACCCAUGCUAGAUAUCAAACUGUUGAAUUAUGGCAUAGUUUCCAAAUUUACAUUUUGAGAAGAAAGGAUAUUGUUAGACAACCUCCAUUACAUAAACAUCAUAGAUUGGCUGUUACAAAUACUGAAUGGGAUGACAAGCCUCAAACUCAACAAAUUGAAUGA